AUGUAUGAAGCUUUUGCUGUCGUACAGAAAGCUCUCGAAAAAGAACCUAAAGACGGAUGCUUUGGCGCUCAUAAAUGGUAUGCGAUCCUUCUCGACUAUAUUGGAGAAAUUGAGGGAAAUAAAUCACGCCUUCUGAAGUCCUACGAGGUGAAGGAACAUCUCGAACGUGCACUUCAAAUAUGCUCCAGCGAUGCAACAACAUGGCACAUCCUUGGGGUCUGCAGUUUCUCAUUUGCCGAUAUGUUAUUGCUACUCGAUGCUGUGUGCUUAAGCGCGUCUCGCACACCACCUCUCAUCGGACUUAGAACAGGCGAUUACAACUUCCUUAAGGCGGAGGAGAUUUCACCGGGUUUCUACAGCACCAACAUGUAUUAUAUUGGAGAGACGUACGAGCGAAUGGGUAACAGAGACGAAGCCAUGAAAUAUUACAAGGACGCCUUUAAAAUGCCAGUCGUAACUGCUGAUGACCAAUUGAUACAUCAGAAGGCUCACGAGAAAUUGCGGAAGGCCGGAAUCAAAGACAGCCAGCUGAUAUAA